AUGGCCGAACUUGCAAGACUCGGGCGUCCUGGUCAGUGGAUUCUGCACAACGAGGAUAUCUAUGUAACGGACCUGGACACGCGACCGCAAACACGAAAUCCGGACGAAGAAGUACGCAUUCGUGGUCUUACAUACUAUGGGGCCCCUAUUAAUCGGAGGGACCUGGUUUGGGCAGGAAAAAGGCCGGCGCCCGACUUCCUUGACGUUACGUUUUGGGACGACUACAACAAAAGCCUCGACGAGAAGCUGAAGCAGGCCAAGGCCAGACUUGUACAGCCUCGCUUUACGCCAGAGGAACUGCAGGUCAUUGAAUCGCUGGAGGCACAGCCUCGCCAUUACUUUCGCACGCAAAUGAAUACCAGGAGACGGAGAAUGGCUGACAAUAAGACAACGAUCUUCGUCGCCUUGUUUGGCCUCGCUAAACUCGGGCGCCCUGGGCAGUGGAUCUUGCACAGCGAGGAAUUUUACCACCCUGUCAUCGACACCCGGCCACAAACACGAGCCGCUGAGAAAUGCAUCGUUGUGCGCGACGAGCACUUCGUAGGGGACCGGAGGAUUGUGGGCGAAGCGCUCUUCGCGAACUUUGAGCUUACAUGGGCAGGAGACGGGCCGACACCGGACUUUGACGACUCCCAAUUUUGGGAAGAAAAGUCUAAGAACUUACGUGAAACGCUUCGUCGGGCCGAGAAAGGCGAUAUAGAGCCCCAGUUCAACCCAGACGAGCUGCGCGUCUUGGAGGCGAUGGAGGGCGAUGAGGGGCACGCGUUUGCCAAGUACCUCACGGAGCGACUAGAGGCACCACCACCGGCGGUCAUCGAGACGGAGGAAGAGCAGCAGGUAUCACCAAGGCUUGGAUUGGCAAAACAAUUGGUUCUCGAUGCGUUUGAACGUCUGUGGUACUAUGGUCUUCCCGGAAAAUGGGUGCUGCAUAACGAGGAUCUUUAUCUUCCAGAAUACGACACACGCUUCCGGGAGCGCUACGACGAAGACGAGGAUGGCGACGACCAGGACAAGGACAAUGUCCUGAUCGACAGCGAUAGCCGGUUGCGAUUUGACACCCGCUUCAGGCCACUGCCUGACUUCAGUGACGUUGCGUUUUGGGAGGAAAAACGCGCAGAGCUGCGCAACAAGGAAGACGAAAUCACCGCAGGUCGGUUAACAACACACAACUUCACGGAAGGUGAGCUGCUGCGAAUCGAGCUACUCGACCGUGUCCUUGAAGAGCAACUUGAAUACGGCCUGAGAAGCGAAGAACAGAAAGAGCAGCAAAAGACACGGCAAAUUGCAGCGUGGGUCAAUGGCAAGUCGCCGAGAGAAAUAUGGAGCAUGCCAGCAGAGCAGCGUACACCGUCCCCAUCACCGUCGCCUUCUGUCGACGCACCUUCAGAACAUAGACGGCGGGGCCAUGCAGCAGACGUCGACGGAGACGCCACCCAAACACAAUCACCCGCGUCGAAAGCUCCAAAACGCAAGCGGACGACAAUCAACGGCGACAACAAUAACUAUGGCAAUGGCAACAAAGAUGACGACAAACCAAGACACAUCAUACAACCCGCCAAACGUAGCAAAAUGCAGCCGCCGCUGGAGCCGUCGCCAGCAGUACCAAACCGGCGCCGCCGCUCCAGGAAACCACCAUCAACGUCACCGAAGAAGACACAACGCCGUCCGGCAGAUCCACCAGCAAACCCACCUCCGAGGAGAAGUCCACGCAUAGCGGCACAGCAGCCGAGGAGUAAACUCGAGCACAAUGAAUACAAUGUACAUGACGAGCAGCACGGCGCCCACCCACUGCCUCGACCCGAAGAACACAAUCGGGAGAAACAGUGCCGCGGACACCCACAUCACGAGGAGCUCAAACGGGACGACAGAGCUUGCGAGCUCCUCUGGAUCGCCGGCCACAAACGUGAUGCCCAGGCACAGCGUCAGGAGGAAGAUGUUGCUUCCCGCCGUGUUGGCAACAACGAUGCCGCCAUGGCCGCGCGCGCCGCCGAUCACGGCAACGAACUUCUCCGGCAGCGUCGUCGCAAAGGCCAAGAUGGUGACACCCAGGACGGUGCCAGAGAGGUCAAAGGCGUCCCCAAUGGAGGCGGCACUGUGCGACAGGAUGUAGCCCGCGAGCGACAGUGCGACGAAGCCGAGGAGGAGUUGAACGAUGUGGUAGACGAUGCCAUGUUUGGGGCGGUGUGGCGGCUGUUCUCCACCCGGUCCGUUGGCGAUCAGCGGCGACUGUUCGUCAGCGACCGCAUCGCGUGGCACCUCUGCCUCGUGGCCGUUGCCCCGCGUGCUGUCGUCAUCGCUAUCCGAGUCACUGUCUGA